AUGCUUUGUCCUGAUUGGCUGCACACCAGCUGUGAUGUCACAGAUCCUGCAGCAUGUGGGGUAGUGCAGGGGUCUGGAGAGGAUGAAGGCGAGGGGGACACCGGCUGGAUCGAGGGCGCCGCCAUCCUACUGUCUGUCGUGUGUGUUGUCCUGGUGACGGCGUUUAAUGACUGGUCCAAAGAGAAGCAGUUCCGGGGUCUACAGAGUCGGAUCGAACAAGAACAGAGGUUCGCUGUGGUGCGUAAAGGAAAUGUCAUACAGAUCCCGGUGGCUGACAUGGUGGUGGGGGACAUGGCCCAGGUCAAAUACGGGGACCUGCUGCCAGCUGACGGUGUGUUGGUCCAGGCCAACGAUCUGAAGAUAGAUGAGAGCUCUCUGACCGGAGAGUCUGACCACGUAAGCAAGUCAGUGGACAAGGACCCCAUGCUGCUCUCAGUUUCCAUCGUGGUGUCUUAG